AAACAGCGCUUGAGCGCUGGUGCUAAAGCGCCAGUCUCUGCAUGAGGAUCCAGGGUUAUGUGUACAGACUACAGAGUAGUGUAGUUUCAUGAUUCUGGGAUGCGUGUGUAUGUAUGUACAGAUGAUACAUACUUGAGAGAAUGCAAGAAUGAUUGAUAUGGGAUGACAAUUAAUAUUUAGAAAACAUGGAGGAUGACAUCGAUAUCUAUGCAGAUUUACCGACUUUUGAUUCUAAACAGGAUUCUGACAACAAAAAUGACCAAUCUUGCAAUUGCACAGAAAUAAAGAAGAACUUCGAUUUGUUGAUGAGUAAAUUUGAAAAGCUUCAAAAAAGUAAUGAAACUUUGGAGCGUAAUUUGUCUUCCUUGUUGAAAACUGCAAAAUUGGAAAUAGCGCGAAAAGACAAAAUGAUAGAAAAUCUUAGGAAAAGAUUGGAUGAUGUAACUUUUAAAAGAAAUAUCAAGAACGAAUCCUUGGUUCAUUCUGCUCAUAGAUCGUCUUAUUCUCAGCAGCAAAACUAUGAAAAUGUUACUUUAACUUAUUCCAAUGAAUUUGAAAGUGAACCACAGCAAACUGACUUGUAUCACGACAGAUAUGAAAGUAAAAAACAAAAUAACGAUCACAGUAAUCAGAAACUCACAUUAUUUGGAGAAAGGUUGCAAAAAAGAAUUAUGGAAAAUGAAAAAGAGGAGAAAAAACAAUUGGCAUUGUCAAAGUGUAGCAUAGAACCGAGUGUAAUAGAUAUGUCUGAAGAAAACGUUAUAGAAAGUGAUAAAGAGAACGGAUCUCAAUCUGGUGUAAAUAAUAAAAACAAUGAAUUGACUGUAACUACACAAAAUUCUAAUUCAGAAACUUCACGUAAAAAAAACUCAGAAAAGAGGAAGAAUUCAGACGACAAUAUGCGCGAAACUAAACGUUUGAAGCUUGACGAUAACAAAGAAAAGACCGCGUUCAGUGAAACUGAUAAUUGUAUUACACGUUACGAUCUGAAGGACGAUCUUACGGAAUACGAGACGGAAAAUAAUGUUGACUUUGAUUACCGAUCGGAUAUCGGACAUCCUGUCAGAUCAAAACGAUACAGUACGAGAAGUAAAAUCGUUUCUGAGCACGAAGAUGUAAAAGAUGAUCGGGAUGAUGCAACCAUAAUCAGAAACCAUAGUCAGAAAAGACGAGAGGAAUGUAAUUCAGUAAAAGAUUACAACGGGAGGAGAUUUACGGAGAGUUUGAAAAAUUUUUGCACAGCUUCUACGUCAAAUCACGUUUCAGAAAGAUCUAACAGCUACAAGAAGAACGGUUACAGAUACACCUCACCCAAGAGGAGUCGCUCAAGGAGCAGGAGUGAUUACGAAACUUCCAGCAAACAUCGCUCCCAGGAAAGAUCGAAAAAAUCGUAUAGAGACAGCAGAUACGAUGAUUAUAGAUACAGCAAAUACGAUAAUUAUAAGAACAGAAAAUACAAUGAUUACAAAGACAGCAAAUACGACGAUGUCCAACACAAAAGCGACAGAGUAAAGAGAAUUCACGACAUCAAGGAAAAUGAAAGAAGCAACAGAAGGUGCGGUAGUGGAGAACGUGAUUUGCGGAAUAAACUCAAAACUUCAGCAAGCGACGUCGAGGACAGAGAAAGCGGUAGUUCGUACAGAGACAGGAAGACGUAUGAAAGUCGCAGAACACGAAGAGAUACAAAAGUUGCGGGAGAAAAUGCUUCGGACAAUAAAAGGUUGGAUAGGAAUAGCAAGACAAAAUUGACUGCGACAAAAAUUGACUUGCGAUCGUCUCCCGGUAGAGCAGUUGCAGAGGAUUCUGAACAACAAGGAGCGAAUAACGAGUCGGAUACCAAAGCCGCAGAAUCGAUAGAGGAUACUACAAAGUACACCGCAGAGAACAACUCGAAUCUGGAAGAAGGUGAAAUUUUAAAUAGUCCUGAGAAGAACAGUGACUCGACAAACCGAACCAGCGAGGAUUUUUCUUCAGCGAAGAAAAAUAAUGUAGAAAUUGUUAUCUCAAUUGGAGAUAAAAUAGAAGAAAACCUUCCUGUGUCUAUACGCGAAACAGCGAUUGGUUUUGAAAAUAACGCAAUCAAUACCGAGCAGGUAGAAAAAGCGGCGGAUAUAAAGCAAGAUGAAGCAGCGUCGCGUCUUUUGUUCGCGAAAGAUUGCGCGGAAACGACGCGAUCGUGUUCUCCCAUCGAAACUAACGCGGUGCUUCUCCAAACGCAGAGUUGCGAGAAUGACGUGUGCAAAAUUUACAUCGAUAAAGAUUUAAACUCGGAUUCCACCGCUCACCAUGUCGAAGUUGUUGCGUCGGAACGGGUGUGCGAUAAAAAUAUUGACGAUGACGCAUGUAGACCUUGCGUUGAUGAAAAAUCACCGAGCUCUGUUGUUGCCAAACUCGCCGAUGAAAACAAAGAUGUGAGCAAUUCCAAUACGGAAAGUGUUAACGAGACUGAAGAAAUUCAUAAUCUCGUUCGUAAAAACAUUGAUAAAAAGAAAGAAACGAAUGAGUUUGAUGACGAUCGUAUUCACAAACUCGAUGUUAAAGAAGUAACGAGUUGUACAACUGAAAUCGCGGAUCAAAUCACGGCGCUUGAUAAAGAUAAGAAUCAAGGGUCAACGGAAAGCGACGUGUGCCAUCGAACAUCGGAGGAUAAAAGCAACAUCGAAAUGAGCCAUUCGUGCCUCCGCGAUCACAAUUACGUUCAGAAUUCUGUGACGUUCGAUCACAAUGUACCUUCGGUCCAACAGACAUCCUCCGUGAGAACGGAAUGUAAUAAUGACACUUCGGAAACAACAGUGAAGAAAACCAACGCGGCGAAAGAAACGGUUAACGUUCGAUCGAACGGUGUCAAGAAAACAAGCUUGUCUGUAACAAAGAGCAAGAAGGAUCAGCAAAGUACAGGAGUGAUAAUUUCGCGUCGACGAAGAGCCGUGACACUGAGCGACAAUAACGCUUCUAUGACCAUCUUGAAGAACACGACGGUAGAGAAAACGUCUCCUGUCGUGAACGAGUCUAGCGAAAGCGCAUUGAAACCACGCGCCUGCAAAGCUUCGCGCUCGUCUAAAGUGAUAAUGUAAAUAAUAAUCGGCUUUAAACGCCGAUAAAAUUGUUGUUGUUUUAUUGUAAAUAAUCGUACAAUGUACAGAAUAUUUGUACAGAAUUUGAACAAAAAAAGUAAAUUUGUUUCGCCUACAAGCGACAUCCAUUAAAACUGCACGAUGCGAUUCUCUCGA